AUGGCGAGUGAUGGGUCUCCGAGCGCACCCCCGCGGCCGCUGCACUCAGCGCAGGCGGUGGACGUGGCCUCGGCCUCCAAUUUCCGGGCUUUCCAGAUGCUGCACUUGCACCUGGACCUGCGGGUCGAGUUCGGGCCUCCGGGGCCGGGCCCCGGGAGCCGGGGGUUGAGCGGCACGGCAGCCCUGGAGCUGCGCUGCUUGGUGCCCGAGGGCGCCACCGAGCUGCGGCUCGAUUCGCACCCGUGCCUCGAGGUGACGGCGGCGGCGCUGCGGCGGCAGCGGCCCGGCCUGGAGGAGCCGCCCUCGGAGCCCGUGCCCUUCCACACGCAGCCCUUUUCGCACUACGGCCAGGCCCUGUGCGUGGCCCUCCCGCAGCCCUGCCCGGCCGGCGAGCGCUUCCAGCUUCUGCUCACCUACCGCGUCGGGGAGGGACCCGGGGUUUGCUGGUUGGCUCCUGAGCAGACAGCAGGAAAGAAGAAGCCUUUCGUCUAUACCCAGGGUCAGGCUGUCCUGAACCGGGCCUUCUUCCCUUGCUUCGACACUCCGGCAGUGAAAUGCAAAUAUUCAGCACUUAUUGAGGUCCCAGAUGGCUUCACAGCUGUGAUGAGUGCUAACACCUGGGAGAAGAGAGGUCCAAAUAAGUUCUUCUUCCAGAUGUGUCAUCCCAUCCCCUCCUAUCUGAUAGCUUUGGCCAUCGGAGAUCUGGUUUCGGCUGAAGUUGGACCCAGGAGUCGGGUGUGGACUGAGCCCUGCCUGAUCGAGGCUGCCAAGGAGGAGUACAACGGGGUGAUAGAAGAAUUUCUGGCUACAGGAGAGAAACUUUUUGGACCCUACGUUUGGGGAAGGUAUGACCUGCUCUUCAUGCCACCAUCCUUUCCGUUUGGAGGAAUGGAGAACCCUUGUCUGACCUUUGUCACCCCCUGCCUUCUGGCAGGGGACCGCUCUUUGGCUGACGUCAUCAUCCACGAGAUCUCCCACAGUUGGUUCGGGAACCUGGUCACUAAUGCCAACUGGGGGGAAUUCUGGCUCAAUGAAGGCUUCACCAUGUAUGCCCAGAGGAGGAUCUCCACUGUCCUCUUUGGCUCUGCUUACACCUGCUUGGAAGCUGCCACUGGCCGGGCUCUGCUUCAGCAGCACAUGGACAUCACUGGCGAGGAACACCCACUCAACAAGCUCCGCGUGAAGAUCGAACCAGGUGUCGACCCAGAUGAUACCUACAACGAGACUCCCUACGAGAAAGGCUUCUGCUUUGUCUCAUACCUGGCCCACUUGGUGGGUGAUCAGGAUCAAUUUGACAAUUUUCUCAAGGCCUAUGUUAGUGAAUUCAAAUUCCAAAGUAUCUUAGCUGAGGACUUUCUAGAGUUCUACUUGGAAUACUUCCCUGAGCUGAAGAAGAAGAACGUGGAGUCCAUUCCAGGUUUUGAGUUUGAUCGGUGGUUGAAUACCCCAGGCUGGCCCCCCUACCUCCCUGACCUCUCCCCUGGGGACUUACUUAUGAAGCCCGCUGAAGAGCUGGCCCAGCUGUGGGUGGCCAAGGAGCUGGACAUGAAGGCCAUCGAAGCUGUGGCCAUUUCUGCCUGGAAGACCUACCAGCUAGUGUAUUUCCUCGAUAAGAUCCUCCAGAAAUCCCCUCUCCCUCCUGGGAACGUGAAGACACUCGGAGAGACAUACCCAAAGAUCUCAAACUCCCAGAACGCAGAGCUCCGGCUACGAUGGGGCCAGGUCGUCCUUAAGAAUGACCACCAGGAGGAUUUCUGGAAAGUGAAGGCAUUCCUGCAGAGCCAGGGGAAGCAGAAGUAUACUCUUCCGCUGUACCACGCAAUGAUGGCUGGCAGCAAGGUGGCCCAGACCCUUGCCAAGGAGACCUUCGAGGCCACUGCCCCCCAGCUCCACAGCAAUGUAGUCAACUACGUCCAGCAGAUCGUGGCGCCCAAGGGCAAUUAG